CGACUACAACGCCACUCGACAGUCUGGAACUCGGCACGCGGGUAUCAUCACCUUGAAAUUGUUUAUUGGAAUAUUUCUAAUGGUCAGAACACAAGAUCUAAGCCGGUGGUAAUCGCGCCUUUUCUAUCAAGUUCAUCGUGUAUUUCACAUUUCGAUGUGACUGAAGAAAGAAGCGCAACUUCCAUUCCAAAACUUGUGUUAUUAUUUUACUGCAAUAACUUUAAUAAUAUUAAGUCGUAGCUCUUCUUAAUUGGGUACAACAUUUCAAAUAUGUUUUAAUGUAAAGAUCGAUGUUGUUUUUGCAAUCCGUAUUUCAUAACUAUUAUUAUCCUUUAUUAAUGAGGCCGUUUUGUAAUGCAGAAAUCUAGCCUCAAUAAAUUCCGUUAACAUUAAUUGUACGUUAGAAUAAAUAUCGAAGAAGAGAUUGAUAAAUAAGUGAAUCAUGAGGUACGGCCAAUUGGUAAUUGGGCCAGCAGGUAGUGGCAAGUCUACGUAUUGCUCUAUAAUGCAAAAGCAAGCUGCGGACGAGCGACAAACUGUUGAUAUUGUUAAUUUGGAUCCAGCAGCCGAACAUUUUGAUUAUCAACCCAUUGUUGAUAUUAGAGAGCUAAUUACCGUGGAUGAUGCUAUGGAAGAUGAGGAAUUAAAGUUUGGACCCAAUGGAGGUUUAGUAUUUUGUAUGGAAUUUUUAAUUGAAAAUUUAUCAUGGCUCCACGACGAAUUAGGAGACACGGAUGACGAUUACAUUAUUUUUGAUUGUCCUGGACAAUUGGAAUUGUAUACACACAUGACAAUGAUGCGACAGUUAAUUACAAUGCUACAGAAUCUUAAUUUUCGCCUGUGCGUAGUUUUUGUGAUAGACAGUCAGUUUUUAAUUGAUGCUUCAAAAUUUUUGUCAGGAACAAUGGCAGCUCUAACGGCUAUGAUCAAUUUAGAAUUACCGCAUGUAAAUUUAUUAAGCAAAAUGGAUCUCUUAUCAAAGGCUGCUAGAAAACAAUUGGAUCGAUAUUUAGAGCCUGAUCCAAGCAACUUAUUGUCAGAGGAAGAUAACGAUGAAUAUGAAAAGCUUACUCAGGCUUUAGGAAGAGUCAUCGAAGAUUAUAGUUUAGUAAGAUUUUUACCAUUUAACAUCAGAGACGAAGAAAGUAUAGCCGAUGUAAAAUUAACGAUCGAUAAUAUUAUACAAUAUGGCGAAGAAGAGGAUGUGAGAAUGAGAGACUUUGAUGAGCCUGAUCCAGAUGAAAAUGAAACGUGAUUAUUGUUUCCAACAAUGUCAAAUGUUUGUAAAUAUAAAAAUAAAAUUU